ACUGAAAAAUACGCGCAGUUCACUUUACUAAUACCUUCAAAAUAUAUAGAAAUGGUGGCUAAGUUUGGUUCCACCCCAGGAAACGAAGCCGACGACGUGGCCGUGGUGAUGGUGCCUCUUCCAGCACAGGGCCAUCUCAACCAGCUACUCCACCUCUCCCGCCUCAUCUCCGCCCAAGGCAUCCCCGUACACUAUGUCGGAUCCUCCGCCUACAUCCACCAGGCCACGACCCGGGUUCACGGUUGGGACCCACUAAAAGCUACCAGCCUCCAUUUCCACGAGCUCCCCACGCCUCCGGCAGAGUUCCAGAGUCCGCCGGCGCCAGUUCCCGACACCACCACGAAAUUCCCUUCCCAGCUGAUGCCGGCGUUCCUCGCAACAGAGCAUCUCCGGCGACCUCUUACAGAUCUAGUCGGUGAAAUGGCAAUAUCCAAAAGAAAGGUAGUCGUCAUCGCCGAUUCUUUUAUGGGUUGGGUGGUGCAAGACUUGCCUUCCGUCGUACCCAAGGCGGAGGUCUAUCGUUUCCGUUGUCUUUCAGCUUUCUGCUCUGGUUCUUACAUCUGGGAAGCUGCCGGAAAACCUGAAAUCGGGCCGGGUUCUGAAAUUCUAAACUUUUUGCCGUCUAGGGAGGGCACUGUGUCGCCGGAGUUUGACGAGUUCGUAAAAGUACAGAGUGGGUGUUGGGUUUUAAGCUCGGGGGAUAUUCUAAAUUCCAGCCGUGAAAUAGAAGCACCCUUUAUUGAUUUUCUAGCGACGGUAUCAAAUAGAUCCCAAUUUGCUAUCGGUCCAUUCAACCCGAUUUCUCUAAGCAGCUCAAUCGACGGGAAGAAUCGUCACAGAUGCCUGAAAUGGCUGGACGGGCAGGAAAAAGACUCUGUUUUGUUUGUAUCAUUUGGGACGACGACUUCACUUUCCGGCGACCAAAUAACAGAGCUGGCCAUCGGGCUGGAACAGAGCAUGCAGAAAUUCAUUUGGGUGCUCAGAGACGGUGACGGUAGAGAAGCCAUCAACGGCGGUAACGUCGUGAGGCCGGAGCUGCCGGAGGGGUACGAGGAAAGAACGCGGGAAAGAGGUCUGGUGGUCCGAGAUUGGGCCCCACAGCUGGAGAUUCUCGGCCACGCAUCAACCGGCGGUUUCUUGAGCCAUUGCGGGUGGAAUUCGUGCAUGGAGAGCAUUUCCAUGGGAGUGCCGGUGGCGGCCUGGCCGGUGCACUCCGACCAGCCGAGGAACGCCGCCCUGCUGACGCGUGGGCUGGGGAUCGGAAUCAGCUUGAUGGACUGGGAACGGCGGGGUGAAGUAGUGGGACGGGAAGAAGUUGCCGAAGGGGUGAAGAAGCUGAUGGCGUCGAAAGACGGGGAGGAAAUGAGGCGGAACGCCGUCAAAGUGAGUGAGAGCGUGAAAAAGUCCGUCACAUCCGGUGGCGGCCGCGACGAAUUUCAGGCCCUCAUUGCUCAGAUCACGAGGUAGAUAGGUUUUCAAUUUCAUAGGGAGUACUAGGUACUCGAUUGCUUUUUUUCUUAAUAAAGCAUUCCAAGGUAGUUGCAUUGCUGGCUGGGGUAUUGCUGUUGGGAUGUACACACAAGUCAUAAUGUAUUCACUGUCUUUGUACCAAUUUAGUCAAAUAAAAUUGCCCUUUUUUGUUAA